CCAAGUAUGCACUUAAUUUCUGCAGCUGCAGUGACUCGCCUUCCGCAAAUCAACUGGACCACGGUCUGCAUUGGCACGGUACCAUUCGUUGAAAGUUCCUAUUGCCAUUCCCUAUUUUCGUCUAGAAGAUUACAUGCUAUCGCUGAGAAGUCGGGUUGCUAGAAGGGCUUAAAAUAGUAAAUCUACGACCGAUCGAGUAUGUGUGGACAAGAUGUGAAAAAUGGUAAUACGCCCAGACGUGGUGAGUGUCGAUUGCUUCAGGACAGUACAGGGGCCCCGAUACUUCAGGAAGGGUGUACUAUCAUGGAGCACAGUCUUUAUACUGUCUCUGAAAUUGAAUGCCCGGGCAAACUGGAGAUUCGCUAUAGAUGUCUUGGAUCUCAGGCCAUUUGUCGUCGCAAGUCGCUGACGACCGAGAGCUAAGCCCUUUGACAUCGUGGGAUAGCGCUGACAAGCUGACAAGGGAGUUGAUAAGACUAGCUCUUCCAAGUUGGGCUAGGCCUCUCUCCUUGGCGGACUUAUUAAGGACCUUGUCGGGGUAAAUCAGUCCAUUUUCCACCGAUUACAUGGCUCACUGCCCUAAGGUAUGCGACGAAUAGAGAGGCUCAGCUGAGGUAUCGAACGUCAGAUUCGUAUGUAACCCAUGCUGCGGUGUAUGCAGUCCACGAUCAACAGCACUACUGCAAUGUCCGGCUCGGUUCGGUUUCCGUGAUUCCGAAUUUCUUGGACAUCAACAUCCGGCAAGAAUCUUCCCUCCAUUCCUCACGCUGCCGAAUACGAGGCCGGAAUGCACUUUUAUUUUAUACCAACAGCCUUGAGAAGCUUAUCCUUUUGUUCGUUGGCCGUGUGAUUGUGUGUCUCGACGCCCUUUACAACGUCGCUCAUGGUCUCGACUUC